AUGGAGCAGAAGGAGAAAGAUAGGAUUACAAGAGAAGAAACUUGGAGGAAUCUUGAAAGGGAAAGGAUGAGGAAAGAAAAGGAGACGAGGGCUCAAGACACUCAUCGAAGUUUAGCUCUCCUUUCGCUCUUAGAGAAGUUCUGCGGGCAACAGGAAAUUUAUACUCCACAAUCCAAGGGGCAGCAGGUAAUCGCGCCGUCUCCAGAAAUAGUUUUGCCUGAUCAGAGUGGUCAGGAAAAGCAAAGGCUUAAGAGAUGGCCUAAACAUGAAAUACAAGCCUUAAUCUCCCUUCGAAUGGCAAUGCCGCAGAAAAUGCUAACUGGUGCCACAAAAUUUGGAAUGUGGGAAGAGAUAUCUCUGCCAAUGGCUUCAAUGGGAUUCACUAAGACUGCGAAGAAGUGCAAACAGAAGUGGGAGAAUAUUAACAAGUACUUUAAGAGAGCAGCGAGAAGUGGCAAAAGGAGAGCGGAAAAUGUAAAGACAUGCCCAUAUUUUCAAGAACUGGAUAUGUUUUAA